CCCCUGUUGGAGAGAAGAGUUCCUUCCUCCCAGCUCCCGGCCGAGGGGAGACCUUUCUCCUCUGUUUAAAAAGGAAAGCUUCUGUCUUAGCUUUCAUUAGAGGGAAGAGCACCCCUCCCCUUUUCCUAUUUCCAGUCUUUCUUAGAGGGGAGCACCCUCAUGGCUUCCUUCCAGGCCCUCUUGUAGGAGAGACUCCUUUCCCUGCUUACUCUUCACUGUCCCUAUCACACACCCCCAAUUAGAGGGAAAAUAAUUUCUUUUCCCUACUGCUACUCUUUCCUUAUGAAGAGGUAGCCCAAAAGGAUCAAUCCUCUUUGCUGAAGAAGUCCUGUAUUUGAGUGGAUGCCUGUACUUUUUUUCUAACUCUCUCCUCCCCCUAUAUAUCAAUUUUUAGGGGAGAGGGUGUUCUAAGGUUGAGAUUCUUAGUGGAAGACCUUGUUCUUCUCCCUCUUUCCCUCCUCCCCUUCAUAGAAUCUUAAAAGAAAACCAUCUAUAGAGGGCCUUGUAUUUGUAGAUUCUCCUAUCCUAUUUACAGCAAGAGUAGAAAGAGAUAUUCUUCAGACACUGGCAUCGAGGAGGAGACAUACUGAAACCUUUAGGGCUUCUUCCCUUUAGAGGACUAAUCUGCUGUUGGGUCCUAUGGUUUUGUCAUAAAUUAGGGAUUUGUGGGAAAUCUUUUAAGUAGAUUAGGGAAGAGAAUUUUCUUAUUAUUUCUCAGAAAGGCAUGCCUGAUGUCUAAAAUCUGAAAAGAGAUAGGCCUUGGUUUUGCUGGGGAAAGAGAUUUAUCUGAGAUAAGGACCAGGAAUAUCAAAUCUGUUCAAAGGAGGAGAGCACACUGCUAGUGGAAUGAUUGUAAUGGAACAUUCUACCAGGAACAAAGAAAGUAACCUCACAAACUAAACAGCCAAUCUGGAUUCCCCACCAUUGUGAGAACUACAUAGCGAACACUCUUAAUAAAAUACUAGUGCUUCAGAACACUGGGGAAUUCUGAAUGAUUGGAUGAGAUACUAAAAAUAAAAUACGACCAUCUAUUUGUCUAAUCAGUGCAAGUGUAAAUUAAGCAACGAUGGAAGUAGAAAAUGAGCAAGUACUAAAUGUUCAUCCUACAGACAUUCGAAUGUGUACGUUUCUUCAUUGAUUCAUUUUUCUGUAGCCAGAAUGCAUCCAUAUAUGAAUCUGAUAAUUUAAGUGACUCUCUGUUUUCUGGUGAUGAAGAAAAUGCUGGGACUGAAGAAAUAAAAAAUGAAAUAAAUGGAAAUUGGAUUCCUGCGUCCUCCAUUAAUGAAGCUAGAAUUAAUGCAAAAGCAAAGAGGCGAUUGAGAAAGAAUUCUUCCCGGGAUUCGGGGAGAGGAGAUUCUGUUAGUGAUAAUGGAGGAGAGGCCCUAAGAAGUGGAGUUACUGUACCAACCAGUCCAAAGGGGAAGUUGCUGGACAGGCGGUCCCGAUCUGGGAAAGGAAGGGGACUACCAAAGAAAGGUGGUGCAGGAGGCAAAGGUGUAUGGGGUACUCCUGGUCAGGUGUAUGAUGUGGAAGAAGUAGAUGUAAAAGAUCCCAACUAUGAUGAUGACCAGGAAAACUGUGUAUAUGAAACAGUAGUUCUGCCUUUGGAUGAAAGAGCAUUUGAAAAGACUUUAACACCAAUUAUACAAGAAUAUUUUGAACAUGGAGAUACUAAUGAAGUUGCAGAAAUGCUAAGGGAUUUAAAUCUUGGUGAGAUGAAAAGUGGAGUACCAGUGUUGGCAGUGUCAUUGGCCUUGGAGGGAAAGGCCAGUCAUAGAGAAAUGACAUCUAAGCUUCUUUCUGACCUUUGUGGGACAGUUGUCAGCACAAAUGAUGUAGAAAAAUCAUUCGAUAAAUUGCUUAAAGAACUACCUGAAUUAGCAUUAGAUACUCCCAGAGCACCACAGUUGGUGGGACAGUUUAUUGCUAGAGCUGUUGGAGAUGGAAUUUUAUGCAAUACCUACAUUGAUAGCUACAAAGGAACUGUAGAUUGUGUUCAAGCUCGAGCUGCUCUGGACAGAGCUACAGUGCUUCUGAGCAUGACAAAAGGUGGAAAACGUAAAGAUAGUGUAUGGGGCUCUGGAGGUGGACAACAAUCAGUCAAUCAUCUUGUUAAAGAGAUUGACAUGCUGCUGAAAGAAUAUUUACUUUCUGGAGAUAUAUCUGAAGCUGAACAUUGCCUUAAAGAACUAGAAGUACCUCAUUUUCACCAUGAACUUGUGUAUGAAGCAGUUGUGAUGGUCCUGGAAUCAACUGGAGAAAGUACAUUUAAAAUGGUAUUGGAUUUAUUAAAAUCCCUUUGGAAAUCUUCUACCAUUACUGUGGACCAAAUGAAGAGAGGUUAUGAAAGAAUUUAUAGUGAAAUACCAGACAUUAACCUGGAUGUCCCACAUUCAUAUUCUGUGCUUGAGAGAUUUGUAGAAGAAUGUUUUCAAGCUGGAAUAAUUUCCAAACCACUCAGAGAUCUUUGUCCUUCAAGGGGCAGAAAGCGCUUUGUAAGUGAAGGAGAUGGAGGUCGUCUUAAGCCAGAGAGCUACUGAAUAUAAGAACUCUUGCAGCCUUAGAUGUUAUAAAAAUAUAUCUGAAUUGUAAGAGUUGCUUAGCAGUUUUUUUUAAGCACUUGUUUUGGGUACAAGGCAUUUCUGAUAUAGUUUUAUAAACUUACAUUCAAGGUGGAUUUUUUUUUUUUUUUAAGAGUUUUCUUUUUUUUUUUUUUUGUGGGUAUAAAAGUUGAGGGAACAGAACAAUAACCACUCUGAAGUGGUAUAUUCAAAUAAGCUACCCUUUUAUAAGUGCCAUGUUUAUGACCUAAUCAUUCCAAGUUUUGCAUUGAUGUCUGACUGCCACUCCUUUCUUUCAAGGACAGUGUUUUUGUAGUAAAAUCACUGGUUUAUACAAAGCUUUAUAUAGGGGGUAAAGUUAAGCUGCUGAAACCCCAUGUUGGCUGCUGCUGUUGAAAUACUGUGCUUUGGGAGAACAAAAAGGUUAUUUCUUUGUUUUAAAGAAUUUUAAGAAAAAUGGGUUAGUCAUAAGAUUUAUUCAUCUUUCCAGGGAACAUAUUGAUUGGUCUUAAAGACUAGACAGUUCAGUAAAUGGUGGCUGGAACAUCUAUUUUUCUACAAAACUGGAAAAAUGAACCAGGUUCUGGAAGAAUGUAUUACAAAAUAAAAUUUGUGAAGCAGUAUUUUUGCGUCUUUAUUAAGAUAAAUUUUAUUUAGAGACCUCCCUCCCAAUAAGUUAUCGUUUAAAAACAUCUUAGACUCAAAACUGUGCAUAUGAAGUUUUUAAUGCUACUAUAUGAAUUUCAAAAUCUGAAAUAAUCAGCCUUCCAAAAUUAACGAACUUAGUAGUUAUAUAAAAGCUUUUAUCCUUGUGAUUAACAAGUAAUUUAAAAUGUAUGAAUGAUUAAAAGCAAACAGAAUAUGUUCUCAUCACAUAAUGAUGUGCUGCUUCUAUUGGAGAAAAGAGCAAAUGUAGGAAACUACAUUGGAAACUAUGUCUGCCUAAAAUUUUAGUUUUGACCUAGGAGUAGAUAAAGCAUGUAUUUAUAAAUUUGCAUGAGAAUAUAACUCGGAAUACUGGAGUUCGUAAGUUGCAAUGAUAGAAAUAUGUAGCAUUAGCUUUGUUAAAUAAUAAAAGCCAAGUAUAUUAUAGGUGUUUUUUAAUCCUUGUUGAAAAUACUGCUUGCCAUUGUGUAAUUUCAGACUCAGUCCAAUUAUGUAGCAAGGCUUAAUGGCCUAUUUUAAAUUAUUCUGUACCAAGUUGAAAUACAAAUCUUCAGAACUCUUAAUUUUUUUUAUUGAUAUAAAUUAUAGUUACUUCUUCCUUCAUUAGCUUAGAACUGAGUAACAGCUUGUUCUUAGGCUAUCUAUAGCUUAUUUUAAUUUCUUACUUUAAAAAACUACUGUGUAGUUAGACUAAUGAUUAAAAAGAUUAAAAAAGAAAAAAAAAUAGAAUUCCCCAUUUCUGUUUUCUACCAUUAUUGUGUUAGAGAAAAUCUGUAAAGAUGACUACUAAAAUGUGGGUGGUAAAGCAUGCUAAGACAUAUGUAUUUUAAAAAGUCAGAUUGCCUUUUAUUGUUCAGAAUAUUGUUACAUUUAUUUUGUUCCUCUUGGCCAAGAAAGAUUGGCCAUAA